AUGGAGGCGCGACUCCGCGCAGCGGCCUAUCAGCAGCGCGUCCGCCGCACCGUCGGCUGCGUUCUCCUCCUCUCCAUCCUCUCGCUCCUCCUCCUCGCAUCGUUCACCGCGAAAAGCGGCGCCGGCAGCGGGGCGCGCGAGUGGAUCUUAAACUGGCUCCAAGUCUCGUGCGCUUCGAGCGCGCCACAAAGCGCCUCGGGAAGCCGUAGUACAGAAGCUGGCGACUCGACAGACGGGGAAUUGCGUGGUUUAGGAGGUAGAGCAGAUGGAGGGCUGAGCGAGCGCCACGCGUACGGUGGUGAUGGGUACGGGGGAGGGCGGCGGUGCGAGAGAGUGACUAAAGCGGGGAUAUGCGUCUCGGAUUUCUUCGCCCUCGUUGAUGACGUGUACCGCCCCUUCUGGCCCGGAAAAGUCGACCUUGUGAUUCGAAGCUACCUCUCUGAAAAGCUCUUCCUGCUUUACUCCCUGCUGACGUCAGUGGAGCUGAUGUGGCCGCGCGGGAUUGGCCGUGUGGUGGUCGUGCUGGAUGAAGGGGAUGACGUGGCAAUGCACCUCAUGCCGCCCUGGGUGCAGGUGAAAUACGAGCGCAACUACCUGAAGCUUCCUGGGAAGAUUCUCCAGCAGUGGAGCUACGGCUGGGUGGACAACUACACUUCAGCACCAUUCGUCGCCAUCGCAGAUGAUGACAUCAUCUUCAACCUCAAGGUCACCCCUUUUCUCCUCUUUAACCUCUCAGACUCAUCCCAGGGCCGCCCCUACCUGAUAGGCAGCAAGGACCAAGGCUACCACCGCCCCUCCACCGACUUCCUCCUGGGUCGCCGCGCCUAUGCCGGCAACUUCAUGGUUCAGCUGCCGCUGCUGCUGCCGCGGGGGGCUGUGAGCGGGUAUAGAGAUGCAGUGGGUGCGGCGCAUCCCAAGAUGGCAGGGGGGUAUGACGAGGCCGUGCAGUGGUGGGCGGAGCACGGCGGGCAGUACAGGGAUCAGAUUGCCCACACUGUGAUGGGAAACUACCUGUGGAACAACGAGAGGGAUAAGAUGGAAUUCGCAAUGGAGUGGACGGACCACACGCCCAUCCCGCGAGUGGGCGUGCAUCUGCCCUACACCAACCUCUUCAAAGACCUCGGGGGCUCGCCAGUUGACCCGGGCUCUAAGCUCAACCUCUCCUUUGUGCAAACGGCCGCGCACUACCAGAAAGAAACCAUCUGCCACUCCCUGCCACCGGACCAUGUUUCACCGCUUUCUUCAUCUGCCUUCCAGCUCACCUGGGACCGGGAGGGAGAGGGAGGGAGGAAGGAGACGUCUCAAAAGCCCUCGUUUGAGACCCGCAGGCACACAUUAGGCGUCGAAAAGCUUCCGCGUGUUCUUCUCUCCAUCUCUCUCUCCUCCGCUCCUCCACCGCCUCGCACCCGCCCGCCAUCAGAUGAGCUGGAAGGCUGUGAGGGAGUGCAGCCGACUUUUGAGACGUCUCAAAGUCGCCCGCCAUCAGAUGAGCUGGAAGGGUGUGAGGGGGUGCAGCCACAGGCGCACAUUAGGCGUUACGCAUGGGUGAACUGGAAGGGUGUGAGGGAGUACAGACGCAGAUACACAUCUGGUGCUACACGUGGGGCGGGCAGCGUGGAGACAGUUCCUUCUCUCCUCUUCCUCGACCUUGUCCCUCUUUCCCCACCCGUCCAGCCACCUGGUGCCAGGCGAGCUGGCAGGGUGCGAGGGAGUGCAGCCGCAGACACACAUCUGGCGCUACGCAUGGGACAGGCAGCGGUGGAGGCAACUAAAAAAGAGAGGCGCCGGCACGCAAAUAUACGAUAG